CUGGGCGCUACCUCCCUCCCCUCCCAAUAUAUAUACUUGUGGCUCUAGACUUCCGCGUUAUGGCAUUGCCACUCCGGGCCAGGGGCCUCCUUGCAAACGCGCCGCUACUCUACCAACAAGCCUUGGGCGGAGCGGGUAUCAGCAAUACAGCUUUCCUCUGCCCAGCGGGUGCCCUUUACUCCUCAGUCCCUGUCCGCUCUGCAUGUUCCAAACCUCCUACAGCCGGACUUAAAGCUUUUCCCUUCCCAGGAUCCGUACCUGCACCCUGCAGAGUUCAGUCCCUGUUUCACAGCAGCCACUGCUCCCCGUCGGCCUUUUCCCAGACAACCAUACUUAGUAGAAUCGCUUCUUUCUUCUCUCCGCACUGCCCCCUUCCGAGAGUUUACCAUACUAGCCCCGCCAUGCACAAACCUGUGCCCGAUUCUCAUAGUAGCGAUGGGCACCUUCCGCGCUACUUCGAUUACCUGGUGGUCGGGGGAGGCUCAGGUGGGCUGGCAAGUGCCCGCAGGGCGGCUGAACUGGGAGCAAGAACAGCGGUGGUGGAAAGCAGCAAACUCGGGGGUACUUGUGUGAAUGUUGGAUGUGUACCAAAAAAGAUUAUGUGGAAUGCUGCUAUUCAUUCAGAGUAUAUCCAUGACCAUGAAGAUUAUGGAUUUGAGACUUCAGCUAUAAAGUUUACCUGGAAAGUUAUUAAAGAAAAACGAGAUGCUUAUGUGAGUCGCCUCAAUGAUAUCUACCAAAAUAAUCUUCAGAAGGCUCAGAUAGAAAUUAUUCGUGGGCAAGCAAAUUUUACAUCUGAUUCAGAACCAACAGUGGAAGUCAAUGGGCAGAAGUACAUUGCCCCGCAUAUUUUAAUAGCUACUGGAGGGAAGCCUUCAAUGCCAUCAGAUGCAGAGGUACCUGGUGCAAGUUUAGGCAUCACAAGUGAUGGGUUUUUUCAACUUACAGACUUGCCAAGGCGCAGUGUUGUAGUUGGUGCUGGUUACAUAGCUAUUGAAAUUGUUGGAAUUUUGUCUGCUCUGGGGUCCAAGGCUUCGCUGCUGAUCCGUCAAGACAAGGUACUAAGAACAUUUGAUUCCAUGAUUAGCUCAAAUUGCACAGAAGAGCUAGAAAAUGCAGGAGUAGAAGUCUGGAAGUAUGCACAGGUAAAAUCAGUCAAGAAGUCUGCUACAGGUCUAGAGAUCAAUGUGCAGUGCUCCAUGCCUGGGCGCAAGCCAACAGUGAGGACAAUUCAGGAUGUUGAUUGCUUACUGUGGGCCAUAGGGAGGGACCCUAAUACUGAGGAUCUGGGCCUGGAAAAUCUGGGCCUUGAGCUUGAUGAGAAGGGUCACAUUGUGGUUGAUGAGUUCCAAAAUACCAGCCGAAAAGGUGUUUAUGCUGUUGGUGAUGUGUGUGGCCGAGCACUUUUAACACCAGUUGCAAUUGCAGCUGGAAGAAAAUUGUCUCAUCGAUUGUUUGAAGGUCAGGAGGAUUCCAAACUCGACUAUGAUAACAUUCCAACUGUGGUCUUCAGUCAUCCACCUAUAGGAACUGUGGGACUCACAGAAGAAGAAGCAGUGACUGCAAAGGGAAGAGAAAAUGUGAAAGUUUAUACAACCUCUUUUUCGCCAAUGUAUCAUGCAGUAACCAGGAGGAAAACCAAAUGUGUUAUGAAACUGGUCUGUGUCGGCAAAGAGGAGAAGGUGGUUGGAUUGCAUAUGCAAGGACUGGGUUGUGAUGAGAUGCUACAAGGAUUUUCAGUUGCUAUUAAAAUGGGAGCUACAAAGAAAGACUUUGACAACACUGUGGCUAUUCACCCGACGUCCUCUGAGGAGCUGGUCACACUCCGUUAGACUUUCCAAAGCAUUCCAAAGCUAAAGCUCUCAGACAACAGCAUCAACUCCACUAUUAAAUAUGCACCAAUUUUGCAUUUGUAGUUAUUUUCUUUACACCAUGGUUGAUAAAAACUUAACAAUUACACAAUUUUAGAUGUAGCCAAAAGAAAAUGUUUUUUAUUUGUUGCCAAGGAUUUGUUUUAGGGUUCAUGUGAAUAGCCAUUAUGUAUAAAUUACCUUGGUUAACAUUUGUUAACCACAUUUGUUUUAAUUUGUUCCUUAUGAAAAUUAACAAAUAAACUAUGUUUCUAUAAGAAAAAAAA